AUGUCCGUCAUUGCCACCACCUUCUUGGAUAAUCCCUUGUUGAAGGUGAGUCGUCCAGUGGCCGCAUGCUCAAGAUGUCGAACUGCAAAGAUCAAAUGUGAUGGCAAGCUCCCCGCCUGUUCCGCUUGUGAGAGGGUCGGGAAGGCUAGCACUUGCUCCGGGGCAAGUGAUGAGUUCGCCAAGGGAAAGGAAAGGAGCUAUGUCGCGUCAUUGGAGGGAUAUUGUGAGAAACUCGAAAAGAAGAUCAGUCAAAUGCGAGCUCGUUCCACGUCGCUGUCCGCCGAAGGCAAUGGGGUCGCUCGAGAGAUGUCAAUCACCUCCAUUUCAAACGACAGUCCAUUGGGCCCCGCGCAUCGCAAAGAGGUUUCGGACAUAGAUGACCUAGUUGGUGAUUUUGGUUUCUUGUCGGUUAAUGCAACUUCGCGAGACUUCCACGGCAUCACCUCCAAUACCUCCUUCGCCAAUCUCCUCCUCUCAGUCGCUCUGGUCGACUCUCCCCAACCGCCAUCUCCUUAUUCACUCCCCGCUCGCCAUGAAGCUACCCCGCUAUUACAACAUUACUUCGAUAAUGUCUUUGUCCAACUGCCAUUCUUCGUUGAAACAAGUUUUUGGACCUCGGUGGAUGCUGUCUAUCAGUCAGGCGGCCGGUUCGCCAAACCUUUCGACCACUGGAUGCUCCGCAUGGUGCUCGCCAUUGCCUCGGCAUCCGUUUCAUACCAGAACAAUGAUAAGAAUCACCAAAAGGCGCGAGCUCUGGUGACGGAGGCUUUGACAUAUGCCGAAGAAGUUCUCCGUCCUGGUUCAAUCUCUGGCAUUCAGGCUAUCCUGUUUCUGGCUCAAUAUUCCUUCGUCGACCCAGCUCGCUUCCGUAGUUGGUAUUUGGUCGGAAUGGCUGUAAAAGUCGCCAUCGACCUGGGCUUACACCAAGAUCCUCCCGCAGAGGUUUCGACUAAUGCUGAUCGACUGGACAUCCGCCGGCGUGUGUUCCAUUGCAUUUAUUGUCUAGACAGGGGAUUGAGUUCUACCAUGCAGAGAACCUUUUCAUUCUCCGAUGCAUCUGUACAUGUUGCAUUGCCAUCGGUCACAACAUCACCAGGGGCCCCCAUGGAUCAGAGUCACAUCUUCCUACGCAGUCCAGCACCUGCUUUGCAUAUCGUGAAAAUUCGGCAGAUUCUGUCCGUGGGCUACCAAGAAAUGCAUUACAGUGGGCGCGAUCCAUCCCCGCAGCCUCUGGUCCUGAUAUGGACUCUGUGCUGGCGAGCACGGGAAUGGUUUCACGAAUGCCCCACGAAUGCCCCCACCCACUUCUCUCUCCUAUACCGACUUGAAUUAUUGUACACCAUCAUCAUCCUCCUAUCUCCUUCGCAUCGAUACCCAACGCUCCAUGCCUACAACAAAGCUCUCCUCUUUGACCGCUGCAUGGAUUAUAUCAGCCAGAUUCACCAGGUCCUGGAAAAUCCCAGUGCCCUCCCGUUCCUAACAUACCUCGACAUCCAACGCGUCCACCAAGUAGGCCGACUGUUUGUGAAUGUCCUGUCCGAGAAUUAUGACCAACUUAUCAGCGCUGCUGUCCCCGCGCCCCCUCACGUCCCGGCCGGGACUCCGGAUCCACCUGUACUGGCUGACGAGGAUCUGUUCAACUGUCACGCACGUGCCAUCCGUUGUCUCUCCUACAUUCGCGAUUUGCUCACGUUCUGUGCCCGGAAAUGGGAUCUCCACGGGCCGCUGGAACAAUUCGAGAAUGAGUCUUCCUCUUUGGGCAAGACCCUCCUGGAUGGCUCGAUGAGGUACAUGUCGGAACAAGGGAUAUACACUCAAGACCCGUCAUCGGGGAUGCCGCUGGUCGGCGAUGUAUACUCAGGAUAUCAUUAUGCCGUGUAG